UGGAAAUUGCACCAUUUCUCGUGGGCCAAAGUAUCAGUGAAGAAAAAUAAUAUAGAAAACUUAAGUUGUUCAUAACCAAGCCAUCGAAAUAUCUUUGAAACAACACAGUCAAGGGAUGGAUUCAGACGCAAACGCACCAGAUUCGUGGGAUUCUUUGGACGAUCCUGGCCCAGGAGAAAUGAGUGAACGCACAAGCGAUUUGAGUGCUCAACUUCAUUCACUCAAUGUGAACGCAAAACCUUUCGUGCCAAACGUCAAUGCGCCGGCAUUUGUUCCUUCGUUUAUGAAAACUGCUACGACUGAUGCUUCCCCUUCUACAAAUGGCGAUGUUGAUCAGUCGGAAAUCGCUGAGAAAAAUGGCAAUUCAAACACCACAAAGGGAAACAUUCCUGGUGAAGACAAAGAACCAACUGAUGUGAAACCAGAAACUAAUGUAGACGAUGGAGAAAACAAGGAAACUGAUGAAGCAGAGGUGGUAGAGGAAGUAGAGGAAGAAGUUAAACCUGCAAAAAAAGAAGUCAAGAAAGAAGUUGCAGAAGAACCCGAGGACAAAAGAGAGCAUAUUAAUAUUAUAUUUAUUGGCCAUGUUGAUGCUGGAAAAUCAACAAUUGGUGGACAUGUAAUGUACCUGACAGGACAGGUUGACAAAAGAACACUGGAAAAGUAUGAAAGAGAGGCAAAGGAGAAGAACAGAGAAACAUGGUACUUAUCGUGGGCAUUGGACACAAACCAAGAAGAGAGAGAUAAGGGUAAAACAGUUGAAGUAGGUAGAGCUGCAUUUGACACACCAAACAAACAUUUCACAUUACUGGAUGCACCAGGACACAAGAGCUUUGUUCCAAAUAUGAUCAGCGGAGCAGCACAGGCUGAUCUUGGAGUACUGGUCAUCUCUGCCAGAAAAGGAGAGUUUGAAACUGGUUUUGAAAAAGGAGGUCAAACAAGAGAGCAUGCCAUGUUGGCCAAAACAGCGGGGGUAAAACAUUUGGUUGUUCUUGUCAAUAAAAUGGAUGAUCCCACCGUGGAAUGGGAUCAAGGAAGGUAUGAAGAAAUCCAAACGAAGCUGACUCCAUUCCUUAAGAAAGUUGGUUUUAACCCAAAGACAGAUGUCCAUUACAUGCCUUGCUCAGGAUUGACAGGUGCUAAUCUUCGCAAAAGGCUUGAUCCUGCAGAAUGCAAUUGGUUCAGUGGCAAAUCUUUCUUGGAAUAUAUUGAUGAAUUACCAUCAUUAACACGGUCUGUUGAUGGACCACUCAGAAUACCUAUUUCAGAGAGAUACAAGGACAUGGGAACUGUGGUUCUUGGUAAAGUAGAAUCUGGAAAACUUAAUAAAGGAGAUUCACUACUCUUGAUGCCCAACAAGGUUUCUGUGGAGGUGUUAGGAAUCAUAUUUGAUGAAGAAGAAAGAAGUGGAGCAGUGGCUGGUGAUAAUGUGAAACUUAAACUAAGAGGGGUAGAGGAAGAGGAUGUCUCUCCAGGAUUUGUCCUCUGUGCACCAGACAACUUAUGCCACACUGUUAAAACAUUUGAAGCUCAGGUUGUUAUUCUUGAACACAAGUCUAUCAUCUGUGCUGGGUAUAGUGCUGUUUUACAUAUUCACAAUGUCAUAGAAGAAGUCACUUUCCAGAUUUUAAUAGCGUUAAUUGACAGAAAGACAGGAAAGAGACAGAAGGGGAGACCAAGAUUUAUCAAACAAGACCAAGUGGCCAUAGCGCAGCUUCAAACAUCAGGAGUUGUGUGCAUCGAAAAGUUUGCCGACUUUCAACAAAUGGGAAGAUUUACACUUAGAGAUGAAGGCAAAACCAUCGCUAUCGGAAAGGUUCUGAAGCUGUUAUCUUAAACAGAAUGAAUAUACAGCCUGAUGAAUUGGAGAAUUAAAACAAACCCUGAAGAAGAACUUGCGAAAUCGAGUGUCGCUAACUAAGUGGAGCCUAAAGCACUUUUAUUUUGUCCAAACACUCAUCAUAUAAAACCAAAGUGUUGAACAAAGAGACAAUUUAUAUCGCAGAUAAGAUUUGAUA